UAUGUGUGUGUGUGUGUUUACACCCACAUUGCCACAACACCAACCACAGGAAGAGUGGGAGAAAGAGGAGAGGUGGACUAUGGUGCGGUUUACCUCACGACAUGACAGGGCCCGAGCUGAUUGGCUGCUGUCGAAGGAUGGAGGGUUUAUAAAUGGACCCGGAGCCUCAGUUUGGGCAGCAGCAUCACUGAGCAGCGACCAGAACCACCCGAGGAUAAAGUGCUGAAAAGUGAUUUGUUCUGAAGUUGCGACUGCACCUGCUGAAGGUGGGAAGAAACUUGAAGACUCCAAACUGUGACAGGAUGAAGGUGGUUGUUGUUUUGGUUCUCUUCUUCGCCGCAGUUCUCUGCCGGCCCGCAAGGAGAGUGGCUGUCAGCAGCUCGGAGAGCUCUGAGAGCUCUGAAGAAGUGGUGAGACGACCUUCACGUCUGCAGUUCAGAAAACAGGAUCCAGUUUUUGUUCCACCUGUUCAGAAAAACGCAGCUGCCAGCAGCUCAGAUGAAAGUACCGUGAGUUCAGAAGAGGAUCAGCAGGUGGCAGCAGAGGCUCCUGUGAAAGUCAAGUCUCAGCGUGUGGAUGACGCUUCAGCCACAGAUGCCACACCUGUUAGCAGUGAGGAGGAUGAUGAUGAUGCCGACGAUGAUACAACGGAGGAGAAUGGAACUGAAGAAGAGGACGAUGAUGAAUCCAGCAAUAGCUCAGAGUCAGAUGAAUCUUCCACCUCAUCCCCUCCCCCAGUGGUCAUAACCGAGGAUCCCGAGGCUUACACCACCAUUGCGCCCAUUGUACCCACCAUCAUCACUGACACCGACACAUCUCGAGGUGACAACAUAGGAAGUUACCCCAGUGAAUACAAGUCUAUCUAUGUAGAGGACAAAUCCUACCACAAGAUGCCCUCACCAUACAAAUCCUAUGGGUUUGCUGAGGAAGGAAAGAAGACCAGGUACGACAUGACCGAAGACAAUGAGGUAGAGAAGACAAUGAAGGUGUACAAGGUAAAGGCUCUUCAGGUCCACUCUGACCUCCUGGAGGAGGACACCAGCACCCCAGAGGUGGAGAGCCAGGGCCUUGACACCUCCUCCAGCAAUUCCCGGCAGGCCUCGCUGCCAGAGGAGGGCAACACUGAUGGCACCGCCCCCAGCAACACUUCCAGCGCCAGCCAGGAGUCAGCAGAUCAGGACAGCCAAAGCAGAGAGGAGGCCACAGCCACACCCGGGGCCGCAGACAGCGCGUCAGAUGAGUCCGACAGCAUAGAGAGUGACUCCGAGGAGGCAGGGGCGGGACCUAACACUGCCACUGACAUGCCAGCAGUCAUCACUGCCAAAUAAGCCCCGCCUACCCAUCAUAUGUGGUGGAUUAUGGGGAUUGGAGAUAGAUUGGCCUAAAAAGCGUGCAUUGCAUUCAAGUGCAGAGACAUCAAAACCACUUUUCCACUGCAGGGACGGCUAAUGCGUAUUUACGUCACAUUUACUGACUUUACAUUGGUUGCCCGACAUGUUUGUGAUUAUCUGGGCAUUUUGUGAGAUGCAACACAUUUUUUUUCUGAUGUUAUAUUUAUAUAAACCAGAUUUACAUCCUACAAGAGAGUAGUCCGGCUAAUCUGGGAGGGGGAUAAAUAUGAAAAAAAAAAAUCUGUAAUUUUGAGAAAACAGUCAAUAUUUUAAAUAAAAAGAUGCAAAAUAAUCAUAAUAAUUUUAAAACUCUGUUACAAAAUCAAUUUAAUAAUUCACGUGAGGUAGGAAGUCCCAGUAUUAGGAGAAGAGAAAUGCUAUUAUUCAAAAUAAAUAAAAAGAUGAGAUUUUAUUUGAUAUAAUCAGUAAAUUAUAUUUUGUCUCUCAGCACCAAGUGAGUUUUAUGUCAUUUUAUUAAUAAUAGUGGGGGUUUCUCUUUAAAACAUUACAUUUUCUUAAAUAUUUUCUUAAAAUAUGUUCUUUUUCUCCCAAAUUAUGAUUUUACUCAUAAUAUGAUGCCUUUGGUUUCAAAAUAUGACCUUUUUUCUUCAAAGUCUUGACUAUAAUCUAUUAUGUCAGUCAAGAUGCAGGAGGAACAACAGGCUGUGCUGAAAGAACGACUGCAGGAUGACUGACUUUCUGACUUUUUCUUCUUAUAUUUUAAGGAUUGACGCGAAAUUUGGAAAUGAAAAAGUCAACAAAAUCAUGUGCAUGCAACAUCUGACCCUAACAUUAAGCCAUACCUAACUUUCUGUGUGGAUUCAUGUUCAUGCUUCAUGUCAAAUGUUAGUGGAGAUUAAAGGAAGUAGGACACAUGCUAGUGUGGAUAAAAGGAUGUAGGAUACAUACGGUACAUUUGCACAGUUUUUACAUUCAUUAUAUAUUAUUUGUCUAUUUUUUUUUCCCUUGCUGUAAUAUAUAUCACAUUGUACAAUUUCUAAAAUAUUAAUAAAGACAUUUUAAAAAAUG